AUGGACGAAGUUAAUAGCACAGAAAGUUCACAAGAAGUGUCAAAUGCUGAAUCUCCUCUUUGGCAGUAUGUUACUAAAGUAGAAAAACCGGCUGGUGCAUCUGUUAAAUCUGGUGGAAACACAUAUUUUAAGUGCAACUAUUGUGAUAUAGUUUUUAUGGGAUCCUAUUCUAGGGUUAAGGCUCAUUUAUUACAAAUUUCCGGCAAAGGUAUUAGAGCAUGCCGUAAUGUGUCAAAGAGCCAUAGGUUGGAAAUGCAGCGAAUGCAUGAUCAAGUUGAGGCUAAUAAGUUAGAGCAAGAACAGAGAAGUCAAAUUCCCUUACCCCCACCUCCACCUCCCCCAGGCCGUGGGAUACCUAUUUCCCCAUUUCGGAGACAAGAAGGGAGUGAUAGUAGUCAUAGUACAAAUCCGGUUGAUGCUAAGAGGAGGAAGGUGACUAUGAAUACUACUUUGGAGAAAGCAUUUCAGAAUAAUGCUAGACAUGAUUUAGAUAGUAGAAUUGCUAGGAUGUUUUACACCGGUGGGCUUCCGUUUAACUUUGCAAGGAACCCACAUUAUCGUAGUUCCUAUGCAUUUGCUGCUACUCAUAGCAUUCCGGGUUAUCUUCCUCCUGGAUAUAAUGCUUUGAGAACAACACUUUUGCAAAAGGAAAGAGCCCAUGUUGAAAGACUCUUGAAACCAAUUAAGGACUCUUGGCUUGAAAAUGGUGUAAGUAUAGUUUCUGAUGGAUGGUCAGAUCCACAAAGGAGGCCUCUUAUUAAUGUUAUGGCUGUAUCAGAUGGGGGUCCAGUAUUUAUAAAGGCAAUUGAUGGGUCAGGUGAGUUCAAAGAUAAGCAUUACAUUGCUGGGGUGUUGAAGGAUGCUAUAAAAGAGAUUGGGCAUGAAAAAGUUGUCCAAGUCAUCACUGAUAAUGCAAAUGUGAUGAAGGCUGCUGGAGCUCUUAUUGAGGGUGAGUAUCCUAAAAUAUUUUGGACACCUUGUGUUGUCCACACUCUCAAUCUAGCUUUGAAGAAUAUUUGUGCAGCAAAAAAUACUGAAAAGAAUGAAGUUACAUAUGAGGAAUGUAGUUGGAUUACACGUGUUGCUGAUGAUGCAUCCUUCAUACGUGUUUUUAUCAUGAACCAUUCUAUGAGUUGCUGA